AGCCGGCAGGAGGAGGAAAGCAUUUAAGUGUCCCAACUGGGAGCCAAAGUGAAGAAGGCAACAGGAUGACAGCCCUGUGGUGUGAUCUUCUUAGGCUUCUGGUGGUAGCAAUUAUAUCUGCUUGGAUAUCUGCUUCCACAGAAGGAACCAGGGAUCCAGAGAUAUUUGACAGCCACAUGCUUGAGACAGAAGAGGAGCAUCUGGUUUUGGAUCCAGGGAGCCAGCUGAAGCUCUAUUGCAGCACCAAUCACACUCUUGCUAUCACAUGGUAUAAGGAAGAUAAGCAACUUUUCCCUAGUGAGCGCAUCCACAUUCAGCAAAAUUUGCUGGAGAUCCCUGAAGCCACCUAUGAAGAUUCAGGAUUAUACUCAUGCCACGCUUGGAAUACUGGAGAAAGCCUGCGUAAUUUUACUAUCUCUGUUGUAGAUUCAUUGGCUUCAGGGGACGAUGAUGAAGACAGUGAUGUGGAGAAUGCUCACAUUGAUUCUAAUGAGGAGCCUGCACAGGCCCAUCGAGCACCCUAUUGGACACACCCUCAUCGAAUGGACAAGAAGCUGCAUGCAGUCCCAGCAGGAAAUACAGUCAAGUUCCGCUGCCCAGCUUCAGGAAAUCCCACCCCAUCUAUCCGCUGGUUGAAGAACGGGCGGGAAUUCCGUGGGGAGCACCGUAUUGGAGGAAUUCGGCUCAGGCAUCAACACUGGAGUUUGGUCAUGGAGAGCGUGGUACCCUCUGAUCGAGGCAACUAUACAUGCUUGGUGGAGAAUAAAUUUGGCAGCAUUCGCUACAGCUACUUUCUGGAUGUGCUAGAGAGGUCUCCACAUAGACCUAUCUUGCAAGCUGGGCUGCCUGCCAAUACCACAGCAGUGAUGGGGACUGAUGUAGAGUUCUUUUGCAAGGUAUACAGCGAUGCACAGCCCCACAUACAGUGGCUUAAACACAUCAAAGUGAAUGGCAGCAGUUUUGGUCCAGAUGGAGUCCCCUACGUGCAGAUCCUUAAGACAGCAGAUAUUAACAGCUCAGAAGUGGAAGUCCUCUACUUGCAGAAUGUCUCCAUGGAGGAUGCUGGUGAAUACACCUGCCUGGCUGGAAAUUCUAUCGGCUUGUCCUACCAAUCCGCCUGGCUUACUGUGCUUCCAGAUGAAGAAGAAGUUGAAGAAGUAUAUGCCCCUGAAAUCAAGUACACUGACAUAAUUAUCUACACUUCAGGGUCUUUAGCUAUUGCUAUGGCUAUUGUCAUUGUUGUUUUAUGCCGCAUGCAGAUUCAGCCAAGCAAGCAGCCUCUGGAACCAAUGGCUGUGCACAAACUCUCCAAAUUUCCUCUUAUCCGACAGUUCUCCUUGGAAUCAAGCUCCUCAGGGAAGUCCACAACAUCACUAAUGCGUGUUACUCGCCUCUCCUCAAGCUGUACUCCCAUGCUAGCUGGGGUUAUGGAAGUGGAACUGCCACUGGAUUCCAAGUGGGAAUUCCCACGGGACAGGCUGGUGCUAGGCAAGCCCUUAGGGGAGGGCUGUUUCGGGCAGGUGGUGAGAGCAGAAGCUUAUGGGAUUGAUCCAGAACGGCCAGAGCGUCCUCUCACUAUUGCUGUUAAAAUGCUGAAAGAUAAUGCUACAGAUAAAGACUUGGCUGACCUCAUUUCAGAAAUGGAGAUGAUGAAACUGAUGGACCAACACAAGAAUAUCAUCAACCUAUUGGGUGUCUGUACCCAAGAUGGUCCUCUCUACGUGAUUGUGGAGUUUGCUGCCAAGGGGAAUUUGCGGGAGUACCUGCGAGCCCGCCGACCUCCAACACCUGAUUACACAUUUGAUAUUACCAAGAUGCCAGAGGAGCAGCUUUCCUUCAAAGACUUGGUUUCUUGUGUUUACCAAGUAGCCCGUGGCAUGGAGUACCUGGAGUCCAAGCGGUGUAUUCAUCGGGACCUGGCUGCUCGCAAUGUUCUUGUUACUGAAGAGAAUGUGAUGAAAAUUGCUGAUUUUGGCUUGGCCCGUGGAGUUCAUGAUAUAGACUACUAUAAGAAAACCAGCAAUGGUCGCUUGCCUGUAAAAUGGAUGGCACCAGAAGCUCUGUUUGACAGAGUGUACACACACCAAAGUGAUGUGUGGUCCUUUGGGAUUCUCAUGUGGGAGAUUUUUACACUGGGUGGCUCCCCGUAUCCUGGCAUCCCAGUGGAAGAGUUAUUCAAACUCCUCAAAGAAGGUCACCGAAUGGACAAGCCCUCCAAUUGUACCCAUGAACUGUACAUGAUGAUGAGAGAAUGCUGGCACGCUGUGCCUUCCCAACGACCCACCUUUAAGCAGUUAGUGGAGGGAUUGGAUAAAGUCCUGGUUGCUGUCUCUGAUGAGUAUCUGGACCUGUCAAUGCCUUUUGAACAGUAUUCCCCGUCCUGUGAAGACACAACUAGCACCUGUUCCUCUGAUGAUUCAGUCUUCACCCAUGAUCCUUUGCCAAUCACUCCUUGCCUUUUUCCUUAUCACAAUGUAAGGACAUGAGGAGGGGGACAGGCCAUGGACACUAGAGAAAGUGGCAUUUUUGUGUUUUUUCCCCCUUCGUUCCUAAAGGAUUACAUAGUUUGAGAACUUAAGUUCUCAGAAUGUCCCUGGUCGAAGAAACUGCCUGGAGCUAUAUUAGCAAGAACUAAAAGUCUCAUCAAGCUUCUGGAAUCUGCUGGACAUCUGCUGUCCAAAGUUCAUCAACAAGAACCAGAUGGCUUCCUUACACGUGUCUACGGAUGCUCCAGGCACGAUGCUUCAAUACCCUGUAAUCUCAGGUCCCCUCAAAGCUGUUGCUCUAGCUGAGCCUUCAAUGCAGCCAGCUGACUGAAGACAAGUAAGACCAGAUUAAUAGGAAGUAACUUAGUCCUGGAGAGAAGGGCACUCUCUAACUGCAGGAGCUCUUAGGAGCAUCACAGGGUAUCCUGCUUCUUUUUCUGAUACAUUCCCAAUUUAAUAAUACUUUAAAAAGACUUCAUGAUUUGGCAGGAGUCAGCCAGCCAGCUUUCUCAGGCAGUCCCAUCCUUAUCUGGACACACCAUCACAAGGAUGUCCUACCUAGGACAUGGACCUUUCCUUCUGGUUCCUGAUGUCCUCUGUACAUAACCCUAGAGAUAAAUAUUUAUGUACAUAUCACUUC